CAUGAACACCCGUCAGCUGUUCGCGAUAGGGCUGAUCGUCCUGCUGGCCGUCGCAAGUGUGUGCGAUGCGCGGCGCCGCUUCCCGAACCGGCGGCGAGGCCCGUCGCGCAAAACGCUCAAGCAGCUGUACUACGAGUCGCGGGAAACGAACACGCCCAACUUCGUCCGGCUGGUGCUGAUGCGGCUGAUCUACGGCAUCGCGACCCAGAUGGGCGUGGAGGAGCGGCUGGACAACGUGUUCGGUGGUGCGUUCGUGCCGCCGAACGCCGGCGACGACAGUUCCGACUUUUUCGACGUGCUGAGCGACGAAAGCGGCGAAGACUUUAGCUUCGGCCUGUGAGGUAAAGAAUAUACUGCAAAAAAAAAGCAAAAACGCAACAGUCCAGUGAGCGGGGACUGACCAUCCCACCAAAACGGAUGCCGACCCAAACGAGUGGAGGGAAAAAAACGAACGGAACGAUUAAAACCGUACCCGCCAACCCGAUUGCCAAGCUGAGCCCAAGGAUGGCAUCAACAGAAAAAGAGAGGAGAAAACAAACUGCAAUCCACAUCACAAACGGUAGCAGCACACAACACAAACGCAAGCUACUAUACAAUAAAUUCAAUUCCGUGUGUGCGGAAGUGCACUGCCUCUGCCGCGGGGUUUGGCAAAACCACCCCCCCCCCCCUCUAAGCCACGUUCUAAAUCGCAAAACUCCCAACCGGGACAACGUUUCCGCGGGAUUGCCUGCGGACGGUUCCGUACCGUUUGUUCGUUUGUUCCCCUACACACACCCUUGAAACACUCCACUACGGGACUGGGGAAGGAAGAGUAGGAGAAGCUGAAGCAGGAAGGAAGCUGUCCAGCGGAACGAACCAUACGCAGAAGCAGCAAGAUAGUGUAAUCGUUUGCCUUUUUUUUUUGUUAAAGGUUGCCGUUGAUUUUGUUUGCUUUAAAGUGAUCUUACCGGACAACGGUCUACUUUUUUUUUGCUUUAUCGAGUUGCUUCUAUCGGGCUUUGAUGGGAGGCCACACGCCACACACACAAAGUAAUGAAAGCUCUUUCCACACCCGGGCACUAUUCAGUGACGAUGAUUAAAAACAGCGACGAGCAGGGUAAGACAAAUACCGAUAGUAGGGAGAAGGAAACCAACACACUGGCAGCUACUCGGGGUAGCUGUGUGCUGCUGAUUUCUUUUAAAACUAUUGUAACACACAGCUAAGAUCGAUCACAUGUUAUAGGGAGGUGAGGGAUUAGGGCAGAAGACAAUCAACCAGAGCCCAGCUGGAGGAUGAUCGGUAGCUUAAGGCUUAAGAUUCGCGUUCGUUUUAUGGGGAAAACCCGCUGAAAAGGUACAUCAUUCAUUCCAGCCCAGGCCGUUGAUUUUGGCAAUUAAAGUAAUUGAAAAGAAAAGUAAAACCCCUUCGCAGCAACGUGACGUGUGGGUUUUGGUGGGGGGGGGGGAGGAGAAAUUUCUCUCAGCAAGGCGAAUCGAUUCUGUUCAGCACAACAACCCCCUAACGUAAUUGAUCGUGGAUGAUCCUCGCUUUGAAAAACGGAGAAAAAGGGAUGAUCGUUUCUUUUCCCUCUUUCGCCAUCAUCAGCACCGUCAGUGUGUUAUAGGAAUCGUUAUAGGGGAUAGUAUUUAUACUAUUUCCAGGUACAGCAAUUGCUCUGCUAACUGUUUAUUUCUGUUCUGUUUUGGGGGUUUAUUUUUGUUUGCUUCCCCCUUCUCGCAACUUAAGAGGAAAAGGGUGCAGAUGGGCAAUUUUAUGGGCGGAUGUUGGCUCUCUCUCGAAGGUGCUACCAACAAAAUUGUGCGGGCGCGGGAGUGUUGUUUUUUCUUCUUUAGUUUUAAGUACCUUUUACCAGUGCCCCUUUUGUUUGCGUCGAGUCUCGCGGAGGAGGGAGCAUAAAACAAACACCAAAAUGGGCAGGGAAAUUAAUUACAAAUUACACGGAGAGUUUAGAAUGUUCUUUGCUGUAAUGCCCAUCGUUCCACACUCUUACAACUCCUGCACGCUAUGAAGGGUCGUAGGAAACGUAUGCUCAAACAAGGUUAAUUGUAAGCUAUUUAUUGAUCGAUUUACGAACCGUACCACGUACCCCGUACCAGUAGACAAUGUAAUGUAAGCGUAUUUAAAAACGGGCAUGUAGAUCCCUCCGCCCCAAAAAGCUGUAAAUAGUGUAACAUAUGUCAUACAAAUAUACGAUCUAAGGUGUAACUCAUUGAAA